UCGAAAACGCUGUCCCAUUGGCUGGUCACACUCAACAUUAGCGUUUUCAUUAAAGUGAGCAAAUUUUCGUUGUUUUCCGGUGCAGUUUUCGCUGGCGAUUGCUGAAAACUUCUGGCGCGAAGAGAACUGCGACGUAAAAAAGCAAAAAGGGAAAACAAGGAGUUAAAAAAAAAUCCACACAAAAACAGUCCUAGGAAUGUCGCAAGCGGAGAAAAUGCAGGGACAGGAGCAUGACGAUGAGCAGUCCUCCGAUAUAGAGGAGUCCGGUGACGGCGUAGAGCGCGAUGAUCAGACCGACGAUGAGGAUAACUACAAUGAGGAUGACAGCAAUGGGGAUAUGCAGCAGGAGCAGAAUGAUAAUGGUCAGGAUGGUCAAAAUGGUGGCCAGGAUGGUGGACAGUCGGGUGAUGAGCAACAGGGCAACAACGGCAAUAACUCUAACCAACAGCAGCAUCAGCAGCAGUUGGAUCGCUCUAGUGCCACCAAUUUGAUAAUCAACUACUUGCCACAGGACAUGUCCGAUCGUGAGCUCUUCAACCUGUUUAGCGGCUGCGGUCCCAUCAACACAUGCAAGAUAAUGCGUGAUUUUAAGACCGGUUAUAGCUUUGGUUAUGGCUUUGUGGAUUACAAAACCGAAUCGGACUCGGAGGAUGCCAUUCAGAAGCUAAACGGAUUCUAUGUGCGCAACAAGCGCUUAAAGGUAUCUUAUGCCCGUCCUGGCGGCAUGGCCAUCAAGGAUACCAACCUGUAUGUUAUCAAUUUGCCGCGCAACAUCAAUGAUGAUAUGCUGGACAGAAUCUUCUCGCCAUUUGGACGGAUUGUUCAGCGCAAUAUAUUGCGGGAUAAGCUAACCGGACGUCCGCGAGGAGUUGCCUUUGUGCGCUACAACAAACGCGAGGAGGCCCAGGAGGCAAUCAAAAUGCUGAACAAUACGGUUCCAGAGGGCGGACAGCAACCGAUUUGGGUGCGAUUGGCCGAAGAGCAUGGCAAGGCGAAGGCAGCUCAGUUUAUGUCACAAAUUGGCGGCGGUGGUGGUGGCGGCGGCGGUCCGCCUCACAUGGGCGGCGGCGGCGGUGGUGGACCCCUGCAGCCGCCACAUCAUCAUAACAACAAUAAUCACCACAACAAUCCGCAUAUGCCGCCGCACUACCAUCAGCAGCCCCAACAGCAUCCGCAUCACCAUCCGCCGAUGCAUCACCAGCAACAGCAGCAUCAUCACCACCACCAGCAGCAGCAGCACCAUCAGAAUCAUCACCACAACAACCACAAUAAUCACCAUAAUAUGGGACCCCAUCCACACCAUAUGCAACAAAUGCAUCAGAUGAAUCUGGGCAUGGGCAUGGGCGUUGGAAUGGGUAUGGGCAUGGGGGGCAUGCCCAUACACGGCGGUGGCGGCGGAGGAGGAGGUGGUGGGAAUGGUGGCAACGGCGGCGGUGGUGGUGGUGGCGGAGGCUUCCAUCAUAUGGCGCACAGAGGUAGAUCAAAUAGACAGACACGAUCUCAAAAACCGCAUCCAUAUAACCAUGCACAGAAAUUUAUUUAAAAACAAAAACAAACACACACAACACCAACACACACAAACACAUACACGACGAUGACGAUGACGACGAGGACUAUGACGCUCUGAUCAUAAUAUUCAUUUCUUUACACAAAUAUAUUAGCUGCAUCUCGCAGGAGGUGAAGUGUUCAUGCUGCCAUUGCCGAUGAUUUGCUGCAGCCACCAGGGGCAGCAGGAGUAACAACAGCAACAACCACAGAGCAAUGGCAACAACAAAAAGGACAGCAUCAGCUACAGCAAGAGCCAGUGCAUCAUCAUCAGUACUACCAAAUAGAAGCGGCCAAUUUAAGCCCACAGAGGAAGCAGAGAUUGCCAUUCAACAAGGAUAUGUACUCCGCCAACUCCUACUCCAACUCCUUCCCCUCCUCUUACACCAACUCUUCCUCCUACCUGCUGCCUGUCUACUUUCCUGUUUCCAACAAUCCACCGACUACAAUCCAGCUCGUUCCCGUCGCAUUGCUAUAUCCUGUUCAUCCGACUCCAGUUCCACUUGCACCACAAGCUCCUGCUUCCCUUACCGUUCCAGUGGAAACUGGAUGUGUUCACUUUUACCAGGAUAAUGGAAAUUCUGUAAAUACAUUGGAUAACUUCUAUAAUGCUAAAGGACCUCGCGAGGAAUUGCCAUGCAUAACAAUAGAAAUUGCCAAGGAUUUGGAAUCUUACCAAGGCGAUAACGAUAACGAUGAUGUGGUGUGGAUGAUGAACAGCAUGUCCUUGGAAAACCUUGGAAAGGAAGGUGUUAAAAAUGAAUAAAUCUGGGAAGACGAACAAAGAAUUAAAGUUCUACAGAAAUUCGAGAAGAAAAAGGAACUACAAAGAAAAGAAAACCAUUAAAAUUCUAUGGAAACUCUAAAAGGAAAAGGAACUAAAAAAAAGAAAUUAAAACUACAGAAACGACAAAAAAAGGACCCCACUCUCUCGCUCUGUUGUGCGUGGCCGCCUCUCUUGUAAUGCAUGAAUAAUUGAUGUUGUGAUCCUGAUCCUUGUAUGUUUAUCCAUGUGUUGAAAAAAAAGGCAAAUCCCAGCAUUGGCAGCAAGAAUUCAACUACACAAAAGAGAUGCAACAAUAACAACAGCAAUAACAAAACACAAUAACAACAUUGCUUUUUAAAAUAAGAAGAAAGAUGUAAGAACUUGAGGCGUCAAAUUGAUAAUUACAAUUUAUAAUAGUACUAUGUGAAUUUCUAAGUAAAUAAGUAACAAUUCCAAUGAAUUUGUAUGAGUAGAGAGCAUACGAAAAUGUUAAACAAAAAGAAAGAGAAAGAGAAACGCAACACCUGCAGGUGGACAAGUUAUUUUGACAUGAACGGACAGAAAAGGACAUGCACCGACAGGCUUUGAUCGGACGCUUAAUUUGUAAGCUUUUAAGAAAUCCCCCAACCAACCCACAACCAGAACCAGAGUUAAAAACUACAUAUUAAUAAUAGUUAAUAAAUUAUUGAUGUAAAACUCA